AAUCCUCACCCAAUUCCCAUGGAGCGGCCCACAACGGAGUAGGCAGGACCAGUCACAGCAGGAAUGGCCCACGUGGGCAUGGAUACAGCGUCUGGUGUAAGCUGCACAGCCCGCUAUCUCUAACAGGAAUCCUAGGUCCAUUACACCCACGUCUGCUUUCUAAACCAAGCUCGUGACCUAACUUGUGAGACAAGCAGUGAAUUCUGCUCACCGUCUGAGCUAAGUUAAAGCGUUUUGGUUGGAUGUCAGUGAAUACCAUCAGAAUACUAAGCCAGUGACACCUGCAAGGACUUGGAAGGAUACAACGGCUCACAGUGCCUUGAGCCCCUGGGAAGCAGGCCCUGCCAAGGAAUUUCUCCACUUAGUUUUCUCUCAGGCCAAUGGACUCCACAGCCCUAAAAACCUUGCAGGACAAGUGUAUCUGUCACAUUUGUUCGGAUUUCAUGGAAGACCCAGUGACCAGUAAGUGUGGGCACAACUUCUGUUAUGCCUGCCUCAGUUUGCUCUGGGAUGACCUAAAAGGCAGCGUCUUCUGCCCUGUCUGUCAGACUCCCUUCCCACAGAAAAGCUUCAGCAGGAACUACCAGUUCCGUAACAUGACUGAAAUCAUUAGGCUGCUGCAGAAGAGCAAGAGGAAGAGACAGGAAGAACACACAGUGUGUCAGAAGCAUGAUCAGCCUCUGGUCUUGUUCUGUGUGAGGGAUCGGGAUGUCUUAUGUACCCAGUGUAGCCUCUCUGUCGAACACCAGGGCCAUUAUACCUGCCCCAUUAAGAAAGCCAGCUCUUAUCACAAGAAAAUCCUAGGGAAAGCCAUUGCAACUUUAAAGUUCAGCGUGAAACAAGUUGAAGAAAAGCUUGCCCUGCAGCACAGAAGAGUUCUUGGACUGAGGGAGGAGGCUGAAUACCAAAAAAAAGAGAUAAGUUAUGAAUUUGGGCUAAUCAAACUGUUCCUGCAAAGUGAGCUUGAGGCGCAUCUAAAUGAGAUACACAUCGAGGAGCUGGUGAGUUCCUCAGAACUGAAUGGAUAUCUUGAGACCCUGUUCGACCAUGUUUCCACAGCAAAAGAUCUGUUGAAGGAAGUGGAGGCCACACAUGAAAGUUCAGAUGUCACAUUCCUCAGAGCCUACCACAGGUUGCAAAACCUUAAGUCCCCCAAACCGUGGUUAUUCAGGACAAAGCAAUAUUGCCUCAGUCUCCCACCACAGUAUUCAGGCUUGAACAGAAUCAUCAAGCAAUUUCAAACAGAUGUGACUUUUGAUCUUGACACAGCACACCCUCAGCUUGUUAUUUCUGAGGAUAGAAAAUCUGUGUUUUAUGAAGAAGCCCGGCAAUGUGUGUGUGCUAGCCCUCAGAAAUUUCACCUCUGGCCCGCUCUUCUGGGAUGUAAUGGAUUCGAUUCUGAUCGACAGUACUGGGAAGUCAAAGUGGGAGACAAGCCCAGAUGGACACUGGGUGUGUGUCAAGCCCACUUUUCUGGGGACUGGAGCAAUCAGCCCUCUGGUUUCUGGGCAAUUGGACGGUACGCUGAGAAUAGCUAUGUCACCUAUGGACCUAUAAGAACGGAGUUUCUGCCAGUGGUGCGACCCAGCAAGGUCGGCAUAUUUUUGGAUUAUGAAUUGGGUGAGCUCUCCUUCUAUAAUAUGAGUGAUAGGUCCCUUCUCUACAUUUUCAGGAAUUCUUUUACCGGCACCCUUUGGCCUUAUUUCUAUACAGGAACAGAUUCUGAAUCUCUGGAAAUCUUAACCCACCCCACACCAGACACAGGGUCUUACUAAGUUCUAGGCUAAUUUAGCCAGCACAUUUAAGCUAGUAAACAAGCAAGCAAACAACAAAAUCCACCGCCCACCAGACCCCCAAGUCUUCUAAAUUUCACCACCGAAAACCAGUCUGUGCUUUUAACAUUCUCUGUCAUUCUCAGUAACUCUAAGAACAUGAUGGCUGCCACAAGUGUGACACAUGCCUCCCCAUCCUAGCACCCCCAGAGAUUUAGGUGCCAAGAGUAAGGCAGUCCAGCCAAUAUGUGACCCUGGGAUGGCAGCUGAGGUUGUCCUCUAGCCUCUGCCUGCACACACAUACAAGUGCACUUCCCCUCAUGCCAUUCACAAUAAAAAAUGCAUGUCAGAAAACAGAAUGUUGGGGAAGAGGCACUGACUUGACAGUGAUUUAAGGGAGAGCUGCUGCCACCCUGUUUAGGAGACAAAGUGAAGAUGAACUGGCUUGACCUGUGUGAAUGGAGAUUUCAUUCACUGAAGUAACCACUGUAUGUUAAGAUAGGAGACCUUAUGCACUGUGUGAAGGGUUAGUGACUGAGAAGAUGGGCUAGAACAGCCAAUAGGAGCUAGCGUGUAGUCACAGGUAGAACUUAUGACUGCCUUCUGCCCAGGGUCCAAUCCUCAGGACUAGGUUGGGAAAUCAAACACAAGGUUGCGUUUUGUUGGGCUAGGUGGCAUCCCAGCCCUCAGGACAUUAUGUCUAACAACAGACCCUACCUCACACAAGGAAGAAAACAAGGACCAAUCCCCAAGGCUGUCCUCUACCUGGAACAUGUACCCUAUAGCUUGUCAUGUCCAUCCUCACACACAAGAACACAUACACAUCAUAUAUGCACACCAACAAUUUAAAAAUGAGAAAAGUGGGGUCUCUAGCCAUCUACUUCAGAUGGUCCUAUCU